AUGUCAGAUAAAGUCAAGGAAGUUACUUCGUGCGAGAUACUUCUCGCAUCACCUAGUCUUAAUAUACCAGAAACCGAAGGACUAGGCCUAAGCAUCAAAGGCACUAUCCGCUUUACACUUUCGGCUCCGCUCAAACUCAGCCAAGUAGUCGCUAAACUCCAUGGAUAUUCACAAUACGACAAUUCUCAAAAGACGGGGAUUAUGAGAAAUCUUAACAUUAAAGAUAUCAUCAAACAGAAAGCUACAGUCAUUAAUAUCGCGAAAUCAUUCCCCGCUGGUGAGACCGAGCUUCCUUUCAGUAUUAACAUUAAAACACCCCAAUCGCUUCUGGCAACUGUCGAAGGCAAAAAUGCUGCAAUACGGUACAUUAUUACCGUUGAACUAACAAGAGCUGGAGCACCACUCGCUGUAUAUAAAACUACAAAGAAUGUGAUUUUGCGCAAGCGUAAUAUACCAAAAGAAUGUGAUCUUAACGAAAUGGUGACUGUCGAAGACGAAAAGGAGAAUCUGUUAAAGUAUAAUUUGCGGAUUUCAAAAUAUCUUUUUAUAGAGGAUACUAACGAUCAAGAAGGAGAUGCUGCGAAUGCGCAAAGUUCUCUAAAAGUGGAAGCUUCGUUCGAUGUUAUCGAUAACAAAACAAAAGUAAAGGAAGUGAAAGUUGAAGCUUUUGAAUACGAGAUGUACAAUAUUGCUAAAGCUACAGCUGGUGCUAGUGGAUCAGCCGGGACUAAACCUUCCGGUUCGAAGACUGCAAAGCCAACUUCCAAAGCUCCAACGAGUGCAACCAGAUCUCGUUCAACACCAAAAAUUCCCGCUUUUUCUGCUAUUUCUAUUCCAAAUCCUCAUCACACCAUACCGUUAUUAAACCCUCCGCUGACAAUACCUCUGACAGAAUCCGAAUCUGGUGUAGUGAAAUUUGAAAUUCCCUUUACUGACAAGAUGAAACCAGACUCGAAAGCCCCCAUAUUGGAAGUGAAGCAUGAGGUCGUAUUGACGAUUAAGUUUGAAAAGUUUCUGUUGAUGCCAUUAAAAUUGGAAGUGCCGUUUGUGGUUGCCUCGCGUAAAAACAAAGGCGCUAAAGGUGGCGUAAAGGAGGAACCAGCGGAUGAGAAUAAUACAAAUGAAUGA